AUGGCACAUGCAUUUGAUAAUCGAAAUUUUAUUCCGGGUAAACAACAAACAUUCUAUUCUGUUGUUUCACCAACAUCACGUCCUGAUAUAACAAAUGUUCUUUGGGAAACUUCAUCAUCACCUAGAAUUCAAUCAUCAUCAUCAUCAUCACCACCACAAUCUUCACCAAAACCAAAUCAUCCUCCACCAUCAUAUGAAGAAAGUAUUUUUAAUAAAGCUUUAGCUAAUCGUCAAAAUUCUCGAUCAUCAUUACAUUCACCAUCAGUUCAUUAUUAUUCAAAUCAUCAACAACAAAAUAGUCCAAAUCGAACAACAACACCAUUUAUAUCGUAUUCAUCACCAUCAACACCAAAUGAUUCUAUUCAUUAUCAAAGACAACAACAAUCAACAAAAGAAGGAUAUUAUUCAUUUGUAUCACCACAUCGAAGUUCUGAUACAAAACCUCCACCACCUGCUCGUAUGCCUAAAGUAUCAUCAACAAUAAAUAAUAAUUCUCUUCAUCAAACAAAUAUUUUACCUCAAUUUUCACCAAGUGGAAUGAAAACAAGUACAACAUAUCUUAAUACAACACAACUUUAUAUAACUCAAUCAUCAUCUCGUGAUCCACCACCACCACCACCACCACGUUAUCCACUUCAACCACCAGCUAUUCCACCACGAGGUUCACCUAUAUGUAAUCAAUCGAAUUCAGUAGUUAUUCCUGAUUUUAAUUCAUCAGCAUCACCAAAACCUACAAAUCAAAUGAUUUAUCGAUCACCUGUUAUAUCAUCAACAGCGAGACGAAAUGAUAUUAUUGAUUCUCAUACACUUGAACAUCAAUUUAAUUCAUUAUCCAUUAAUAAUAAUCAUAAACAUGAAACAAUUAAUAGAUCGAUCAUAAAAGAAUAUUCAAUAUGUCAGUGUCGAAAAUGUGGUGAAAUAAUAUCAAAUUCAGAUGAUGCUUGUGAUAUACUUGGUCAGAUCUAUCAUAGUUCAUGUGCUGUCUGUGUUUUAUGUGGACGAUCAGUAAAAAAUAAACAUUUUUUUGUUAAAGAUCAAUUAUAUUGUGAAGAAGAUUUUUUGUAUACAGGUUUUCAUCAAACACUUGAACAUUGUAUAGCUUGUGGUCAUUUAAUUACCGAUACAAUUUUACAAGCACUUGGUCAUUCAUAUCAUUUGACAUGUUUCAAAUGUUCAAAAUGUUCAAUUUGUUUAGAUGGUAUACCAUUUAUAACAGAUAAAAAUCAAAAUCUUUUUUGUUUACAUGAUUAUCAUAUGACUUAUGGACCGCGAUGUGAUAAAUGUUCGAAUCCAAUUUGUCCAGAAGAUGGUUCCAAUGAAACUGUACGAAUUAUUUCCAUGGGUAAAACAUUUCAUGUUCAAUGUUAUCAAUGUCAAGAUUGUUCAUUACAAUUGAAUGAUGAACCAGAUCGUCGUUGUUAUCCAUUAGGUGAUAUAUUACUUUGUCAAGCAUGUUGUCGUCGACGUCUUACAUCUGUUAAUAACAAUUUAUAA